AUGAUUUCCGAGGCUCUGCAGCCUAAGGCGCUGCUGGCCCAUCCGCAAGCUCUCGCCCUGCAAUUUCGCACACUCUUAGCCACUGAUCCAUCGAUCGAGAAUUUCAACUCUAUCAAUUCACACAUCUUAGACCAAGUCCAUACUGAGGCAGCUCAUUCUUCUGUCUUCGCAAUCUGGAUAUCAUUAAUAUGUCAGGAUUCUCCGCAUAUCACCGCCAGCGCAUUGCGAGAUCCAUCUUACGGGGUCCGUAACGCCGCCAUCAAAGUUGUGCGACGCAAGCUUUUCCGUGCAAGUCAAUGGAAAGAGGGAGGGUGGGACGUACUUGGAGGGGCGAAAGGGAUUAAAGACAUCCUUGACCAGUUGCCCAUGGUUCAAGUGCGACUCCUGGUCAAGGCCAUUUUCGGCCGUUGCGACGUCUUUUCCGACAGAGAUCUAGUAUCAGCAUGCGUCGAAGAAUUUCUGGCCUUGGUCGAUAACACAGAUGGUUGGGCUUCAAGAUCACUGGGGCCCCACGUCUCCUUCCUGUCGGCCUACUGUGGCGCCGAAAGGGUUGAACACCUACUUCGGUCCCAAUGGCGAACAUAUUCCGAAUUCCUCGACCACAUCUCCCGAUUCCACACCCCUCUUCUGCGGCAGAUAGGAGUUGGAGUGUUGCAGAUGCCGCACAUUGUGCGGCAUGGGAUUCUCAACCGGUGUCGCAAUUCAUUGCUGAAAUCAAAGGCAACAUAUGACCCGGUCUACUACCGUGAAAAUGAAUUCGAAAUGUCUCCAGGAUUAUUAUUCGGCAUGGACCUCCUCAUGAUGAUGGAGAAAGAGGCGGUACAAUACAAUCAUCAUGACCUCUGCUCUUGGGUGGAGUCAAUCCUGGACCAAGGGAUUCGUGAAAAGCAGCCAUUUGAUUCAAUCUUGUUGAUUCUAAACCAAGGAUUAGCUCUUCUCCAGGCUAGUGCAUCAGCACGACCCAAAGGUAGCUCGGGCUGGCUCUCCCAGUCUCUCUCGCAGUGUGUCAUUCAGCUUUGGUCCAUUUCACGAUUCGGACAAACGGGAAGCCUCCCGAAGGGCGUAGUAGCGACCUGCAAGAAGAGGUACCGGACAAAAGCACUAGCGGCCCACCAGGAAUCCUUGGAACAAUGUUUGAUCCACAGGGUAUUGCAAAACAACGAUGAGAGCUUCAAAGUUCAGGAAAAUUCUCAAGAAGUCCAUCAAGCCAUGUUCAACCUUCUCUCUCUGGUGUCUAGGAAGGGAAAGCUCGAGUUCCUUCAGUUGCUUUGCCGACAUUCUCCAAGCCUGGGCUUUGACCUCAAAGCCUGGCCGCCAUCUAAGGAAGAGGAAGAGUAUAUGCCAUGCUGGGAACUCCGUAUUUUGAACAUCUUGCCGCCAGACGACUCUCAGUUCCUAUUCAGACGGUCCCUUCACAUUCAUCACUGUGAUGAAUUCCUUCUAAGCUCCGGCAAUGAAGGUCCAAGCUCUAAGUUUCCAUCGUGGGAAGCUCAAUGUCUGCUAUGGGCUACCUGGGAAUCUGCCGACUCGACAGGGAAUGGCUUCGUUGUCACCCGCAAAGGUAUGCUGCAAUUUAUUCCCUCGCAAACUUUGAUUGUUUUACUAAUAACUGGCAGCACUUGGUGA